AUGGCAUCCUUCAUUCAGUCCAUCCUGGACUGGCUGCGUAGUCUCUUCUUCAAGACCGAGAUGGAGUUGACUUUGGUCGGCUUGCAAAACAGUGGAAAGACCACCCUCGUCAACGUUAUUGCUUCUGGACAGUUCUCAGAAGACAUGAUCCCUACCGUUGGAUUCAACAUGCGCAAGGUCACCAAAGGAAAUGUGACCAUGAAGCUGUGGGAUAUUGGCGGACAGCCCAGAUUCCGAAGCAUGUGGGAGAGAUACUGCCGAGGCGUUAAUGCCAUUGUGUUUGUUCUGGAUGCGGCAGAUCAUGAUAAGCUGGAUGCAGCCAGGACAGAGCUCCGUAACUUGCUGGACAAGCCUCAGUUGGCCAGCAUCCCUGUCCUGGUCCUCGGAAACAAGAACGACUUGCCUGGCGCCCUUACCGUUGAGCAGAUCAUCGAAGUCAUGAACUUGAAACAGAUUGCAAGUCGCGAGGUGUCGUGCUACUCGAUCUCGGCCAAGAACCAGGUCAAUAUUGACAUCACACUUCAGUGGUUGACCAAGAAGGGCAAGGGCAAGUAA